GUCGCACAGGAGGAAGGGAGGGGCAUUCUCCACAACAAGGCAACAGAGUUACACAUGAAAGUAGCCGGUAGUGAAGUGAGGGCAAGACAAAGAGAGCAGAAGAAGAAGGAAAAGAAAAAAAAACAGGACAGACAUAGUUUCACUCUGGCGACAGAUGACUGCGAAAGAAAGAAAAAAAAGCAAAUAAGAGUUGGCCAUGAAGGACAGAGCUGACUGUUGACAGAAGGAGCGAAGAGAUUAAGGGAGAGACACAGCAGAAAAGAGUACAAGAACAUAAAAAUAGUUUUGUGGAUACACAUUGACUUGAGCGAGCAAGUUGCAAGACCCAAAGGGCACCUGACAUCAGCAUAAAAAGACAAGGAAAGAACGUGGCUGAAGGGAGGAAGAUAGAUAGAUAGAGAGAGAGAGACAGACAGACAGACGGAGAAAGAGAAAGAGAAAGGACAAAAAAGACAGCCUCUGUGUAAGCCUUUUGAGACUGUAUGAAAGCAUGUUUCAGUUUGUUACCGUUACAGAGCGUAUAGGGUACUGACAGGGGAAGGAGUUUGGUUUGGUGGCUUAACGGGAAAGCAGUCAAUCCAACAGAUUAUCCAUCAAGCAGCACUGCUGUCAAAAUGCUGACGAAGGAGUACAGAAUAUGUAUGCCACUGACAAUGGACGAGUACAAGAUUGGGCAGCUGUACAUGAUCAGCAAGCACAGCAGUGUGCAGACCGGGGGAGGGGAAGGCAUCGAGGUGCUCCGCAACGAGCCGGACACACACCCCCAGCACGGCGUCGGACAGGUCACAGAGAAGCGCAUCUACCUCAGCAGCAAGCUUCCUGACUGGAUGCGGAGGUUUAUCCCCCGGAUGUUCUACGUGACAGAGACCGCUUGGAACUUCUACCCGUACACCAUCACUGGUCAGUCAAGUAUAGUCGCAUCAAGCAUCCCCUUUCGCAUUCAUCUUGUGUACACAAGGAUUUACACACACUAGAGCUGCUCUUUUAUUCCCAAGUUUCACAUAAGGAUUGAGACGAAGUUCCAGGACGACAAUGGGGAGAGUGACAAUGUAUUUGGAGACGGCCCCACCCCAAAGGGGAACGUAUGCUUCGUUGACAUCUUGUCGGAUCCGUAUCCUGAGAAGCACUACAAGAAGUCAGAGGACCUCAGCAGCUGGGUUUCGGCGAAGACGGGCCGCGGGCCCCUAGUGGCCGGCUGGAGGAACAGCACCCAGCCCAUCAUGUGCUCCUACAAGCGGGUGCACUGCAGCUUCGAGGUGUACGGCUUCCAGACCAGGACAGAGGAGUUCAUACACAAGACCAUCCGUGACAUCCUUCUGGUGGGACACAGACAGGCAGUCGCCUGGCUGGAUGAGUGGCAUGGUAUGAGCCUGGAGGACGUGCGUGUCUAUGAGAAAGACCUCCAAGAAGAGACCAACAACAAACUGAAGAAUGCGGAAAACAACAAUAAAGAUGCUGCCCCUCGUCCCACCUUCUCUCGCUCCAUCUCCGUCACAGACGAGUGCUCUUUGAAGAAGAUGGGGGUGAGAACUGCAGCCAUCCCCAACCCAGCCCCUGCCUCCUCCUCCUCCUCCUCCACCACCUCCUCCUCCUCCCCAAGGGGGGAGCUGAGCAAAGGGAGGCUGAACUCCACGCCAGAGUAAUCCUGCCACACCUCCGCACCCUCCCCCCUCUCCCGCCUGCUACAGUGUGGCGCCGCCAUGGUCCAUAGACUGCCUGCACCAUGAACGGCCCACCUCCACUCCCCCCUCAACAUCAAACAAGCCAAUUUAAAGUGCCUUACUGUAUAUCUUUCUGUAUGUCUUUCGCAAGCCACUUAUACUGUAUGUGUUUCUUCAUAUAGGCUAUAUACAUGUAGCCUACUUCAAAUGGCUGAUAUUUAUAAAUAUGUCUUCCAGGGCGAUUUUCCCCAUACUGCUCCAUCACUGAGAUUAUGGGUAUUUGGACACUCAGAGGGAUGGACCUUCUCAUUUCAGCUUUUUCUUUUAGUACAAGCGCUUAACCUGGACUGCAGAAACGUGUGUAUGUGUAUGCAAUCAAGUGUGUGUGUGUGUGUGUGUGUGUGUGUGUGUGUGUGUGUGUGUGUGUGUGUGUGUGUGUGUGUGUGUGUGUGUGUGUGUGUGUGUGUGUGUGUGUGUGUGUGUGUGUGUGUGUGUGCGUACGUACGUGCGUACGUGCGUACGUGCGUACGUGCGUACGUGCGUGCGUGCAUGCGUGCGUGUGUGCGUGCAUGUGCAGUCGUGAUCCUCAGGCGUAUGGAUCUGACAAUGUCUUGAAUGGCAACACUAUGUGGUCCGUUCAGCUAUUGAGGUUUGGAGUUGCGGCAUUGUAUUGGAGACACAAUCUUCAUCAUACGCUCAAAGAGAUGCUGGGUCAAGCUUAGUUUACCUUUAACCCAUGUCAAUAUUUGGACUUGAUCGGUUUAAUCACACGUGACCCUUCGCCUGAAAAGCCAAUGGCAAAUCGAAGGGUAAACAGUGACAAUCAAACAGUGUGAUGAUUGGGUGUGAAGGACACAGUGGAUGGUGGAUGUGGGUUCCAUUUUGUCAAUGUGAAACUUCAAGCUUCACAAUAAAAUCCCCAGACACAGUACUGUGUGUGUUUACGUUUUUUGCUUUUUUUUUCAUCCUUCUGCACAGCUCUCAAUUUUUUUGUCUUAAAUCCUCAACAGCUCUCAGUAUUUUUGUCUGUCCUAAAUAACUGGAUCCUCUCUACCGUCAGAAAGCAAAGCAGCAAGGAGCAGGCAGCUGGAUCACUGCAAAGGUGAGCUAUUCAUCCAGAAAUUGGGUUAGUGCCUUUACAGUCUUUAGGCAACAAAGGAGAAAUUUUGACGUGUGCACGGCAGCACAUCCCUCCUGGUGCUGCAGCAGUG